AUGUUGCUGUUCGAUUAUACACGACUUGUCAUUCUUCUUACUCUCAAUUACUUUUGCCGCCCUCUUUCGGCUGCUCAACAAGACCCACUUCAAGGUUGUGAAGAGUUCCCAUCAAAGCCAGUUGAUUGUGAGCGAUUCCCUGACAGCCUGGAAUGUGAUGGUCGUCAUCAUCAGAUCCAGGUAAAACCUUGCACGUACAUCAUUACCCUCAAAUCAAAAUUCUUCCCCUCCGAAUUGGCGGUUCUAUGUGGUUGGCCAAGACACACCCUUCCAUGUAUGCUUAACAAUGGUGAAAGCUGUGAUCUCUUUCCGAUGGAAUUUUCAGAAUACGAGCUUGCCUACUUACAAUUGAUAAAUAUAGAAUUGGAGGUUAGAAUUACCUACCUUCAUCGUCAAUAUGCUAAAGGCGUAAAUCUGUCAUUGGAGACACAAAGAGAAGUUGAGCAGAUUACAUCUGAUAAUCUCUAUUGGUUGUGCUCACGAAAAUGUAUUAAUUCAACUUGCGUAUUCGAUGCGCAGCUGCGACCACAGAGGAGAAGCCAUGUCCUUUCACCCAGUAUGACUGCUCUAACGACAGAAUACCCUGACGUUCGUCGGGGUGGACUAAUUAAGAUCCUCCUCCCAGUUGGGAAUCCAUUCUCGUUUCUUUUUCUCACUGCGAUGGCAUUCAACAGAAAAUCGCCUCUGCCUGUCCUUCUCCUUGCCCUGAAUUGCCUCUUCAUGUCUAUUUUGGCAACUAAACUUAAUAGACUUCAAGAAUGGGACGAUUUUCCGCCAGAGCCUGCUGACUGUGAAGAGUAUCGUGUUGACAGUGCAGAUGUAUUCCUAAAAACAUCCAAUGAAUGCACAUAUACUGUCACCCUCAAGUUAAACCUCUUCCCGAAUGAACUGGCCGUCCUCUGUGCUCGGCAAAGACCAACUCUACCCUGCCUUAUCACUAAUGGGGAAGGCAACUGCAAAAUAGAUCCUAUGGAAUUCUCCGAAUUCGAACUCUAUUUACUUGACAUUGUAAAUAGAGAGUUGCAGAUGCGCAUUUACCGUCUUCAGCAGCAACAAUACAGGGGACUACAAGUCUCCCUAGACACUCGGGCUGAAGUGCAGCAGAUAAUAUCUGACAACUUGUAUUGGCUGUGUUCUCGAAAAUGCAGCAACUCAACUUGCGAAUUCGACGCGGAAUUGAAAUCUCAGAGGCGGGUGAUGGGAAAUGUUCCGAGGUUGACAUCUUUAAUUACAAAUUACCCGAAGCCACGCCGUGGUCGACAGAUUGAAAUAUACCUUCCCAUUGGGCCAGAUGAAAUCGCCCGUCUUUUGCGGAAAAAUGCGCCCUUUAGGCACUUGCCUGUCUCUUCUCUACCCCUCACUACUCAGAUGGGAAUCAAUCAACGAAUGUCUCUUCUUGUUCUCAUUCUUGUUCUCAACUACCUGUUACUCCCUAUCACGACUACCGUUAUCCUUCAGCCCGGAGUUAAAUUUAACAGACUUCAACUAUGGGAAGACUUCAUGCGGGAACCAAUUGAUUGUGAACAGUUUCCCGACAGUCCUGAGUGUGAAGAUCCGUAUCAGAGGAAAUCUAUCCACUGCACUUACACUGUAAAUCUUCGUUCAAAAUUCUACCCCACAGAGGAAGUUUCUCUAUGUGGUCGACCCAGACAAUCUCUCCCUUGUCAAAUGCACGGUGGCUCGGAAUGUCAACUGCCUCCAAUGGAAAUUUCUGAAUAUGAUCUACUCACCCUAUAUGUCAUCAACCAGGAGUUGCAAGCGAGAAUCCUUCGUCUUCAAAGUCAACAGGAUACAGGCCUGGAUCUUUCCCUCGAUAUUCAACGAGAAGUUGAGCAAAUAAUUGCUGACAAUGUUGCCUGGUUGUGCUCACGAAGGUGCAACAACUCAUCCUGUGAAUUCAACGCGGAUUUGCAACCUCAGAGGAAAGGUGUUGGCAGCAUUACUCGAAUGACUUCCCUAGUAACGGAGUAUCCCUUCUUUCCGGGUACUAGGCGUAUUGAAAUCUUCCUUCCAAUCGGCUCGUUCGAAAUCUCCCGAUUAUUGAGGAAAGCCACGCCUUUCCGACAUCUUGCUGUCUCCUCCCUUCCUCUUACCGUUUCGUGCCACAAGAACUGA